AUGGGCAACGUGAUGGAGGGGAAGACGGUGGAGGAGCUGAGCAGCACCGAGUGCCACCAGUGGUACAAAAAGUUCAUGACCGAGUGCCCCUCGGGCCAGCUUACCCUCUAUGAGUUCCGCCAGUUCUUUGGCCUCAAGAACCUGAGCCCGUCGUCCAGCCAGUAUGUGGAACAGAUGUUUGAGACUUUUGACUUUAACAAGGACGGCUACAUCGACUUCAUGGAGUAUGUGGCAGCGCUGAGCCUGGUCUUGAAGGGAAAGGUGGAACAGAAGCUGCGCUGGUACUUCAAACUGUACGACGUCGAUGGCAAUGGAUGUAUAGACCGCGACGAGCUGCUCACGAUCAUUCAGGCCAUUCGAGCCAUUAACCCUUGCAGCGACUCGACCAUGAGUGCGGAAGAGUUCACAGAUUUAGUGUUUUCCAAGAUCGACGUCAAUGGGGAUGGGGAGCUUUCCCUGGAGGAGUUCAUGGAGGGCGUCCAGAAGGACCAGAUGCUCCUGGACACACUGACGCGCAGCCUGGACCUUACCGGCAUAGUGCGCCGGCUCCAGAACGGCGAGCAGGAUGAGGAGGGGGCUGGCAGCGGGUCAGCCAAGGCAGCUGGCUGA